AUGUUCGCACCCGAGCUGCAGGAAGGGCAGCCCGUGACCUUCUCUGUGCUGGAGAAGGGCGCCGCUCUGCUGAAGAUCGAGACGCGGGCAAACCCGCCGGAGGUCACAGUGGAGUGGAGCCGGGCGGGACAGAUACUCGUGAAGAAGGGGGUGGCGCGCUACGUGCUGAAGGAGGGCGGCUCGCUCGAGGUGUGGAACGUGACCCGCGCCGACGCGGGCGACUACGACGCGGCGAUGACCAACGCGGAGGGCACGGGCAGAGCCACCCUGCGUCUUGACGUGCACUGCGGCGUGCCACCGUCGGAGAACCCGCAACAAGUGGGUAGCGAGCUGUAUAGCGACAUCACGGGCGGACGGUCCUCCACCCUCACCACCCAGGAGACGCUGUCCUGCACGGACAGCUACUACAGCACGGCGGAGAGCUGGGCCGAGCAGCACCUGUACGAGGAGGCGACCGACACCUCCGCCCCCUCCGACACGGCGGCCCGGCCGCUCUACCAGCGAGCGCCGCGCCGUGCCGAGCUCCUCCCGGUGGAGCCCAUUGAGGAGGAGCCGUUGGACUUUGACGACGAUGAGGAGAUGGAGGAUGUUGGAGUCUCCAGGAAUAGGACGCUGCCCUUUGAGAUGCGUGGAGACCUCGUGUAGCCCCCCCCCCCACCCACUACCAUCCCCCCCCCACUAC